UUUGUGCGUCCCCACGAAGUUUUAACGACCUUUUCAGACUCUCUCGAUUCUCCCCUUCAAAAACGCCUUCCCACUAUUUUCUCCCUCCACUCUCUCUCUCACUAAAUUUCAAUUCAAUUUCUUCAUUCCAAAAAUUCACUGAACAGAAUUUCCAAAGACAAUGUCUUUUUCAGAUUCAGAAACGUCCUCUCAUGGAGGAGAGUAUAAGAAUUUCAAGCAAAUCAGCCGUGAUCGACUAUUACAUGAAAUGCUUCGAACUUCUGAUUCAGGAGAUUCAAGAUCUUCAUGGAAGGUUCUUAUCAUGGAUAAAGUAACGGUAAAAGUGAUGUCUUCCACAUGCAAAAUGGCUGAUAUCACUGAUCAAGGAGUUUCAUUGGUGGAAGACCUUUUCAGAAGAAGACAACCUUUGCCAACAAUGGAUGCUAUAUACUACAUCCAACCAUCAAAGGAGAAUGUUGUCAUGUUCUUGUCCGAUAUGUCAGGAAGAGAACCUUUAUACAGGAAAGCAUAUGUAUACUUCAGUCACCCAAUACCUAAGGACCUGGUUGCGCGCAUCAAGAAUGACACAAGUGUCAUACCCCGUAUAGGUGCACUAGGAGAGGUAAUGAUCACAUGUCUCUGUCUACAAUACUACAUGCAUCAUGAAAAUGAUCUCUUCACAAGUUUGACUGAAUCUUCUUUUUCCUUCUUUUUUUUUGGCACAAUGCAGAUGAAUUUUGAGUACUUUCCAAUAGACAGCCAGGGAUUUGUCACUGACCAUGAAAGAGCACUUGGAGAGUUGUUUGGUGAAAGUGCUCAAAAUUCCCGGCGUGCUGAAGCGUCCUUGAAUGUAAUGGCCUCAAGAAUCUCCACUGUCUUUGCUUCACUGAAGGAAUUUCCUUUUGUGCGUUAUAGAGCUUCCAAGGGACAAGAUGGAUCAACAGCGACAAAUUUCCGUGAAUUAGUUGCUGGAAAGCUUGCUACAGCCAUAUGGAACAAUAUCACUACGUAUAAGUCUAGUAUUCCUAACUAUCCACAGAAGGAGACAUGUGAAUUAUUGAUUCUGGACAGAUCUGUUGACCAGAUUGCUCCUGUGAUUCAUGAAUGGACAUAUGAUGCCAUGUGCCAUGACCUGCUUGAUAUGGAUGGAAAUAAAUAUGUACAUGAGGUUCCUAGCAAAACAGGUGGUUCACCUGAGAAGAAGGAAGUUCUUUUGGAAGAUCAGGAUCCUGUCUGGUUGGAGCUACGGCAUACUCAUAUAGCUGAUGCUAGUGAACGACUCCACGAUAGGUUUACAAACUUUGUUUCUAAGAACAAGGCAGCACAGAUGGAGCAGAGAGAUGGAAGUGAAUUAUCUACACGGGACUUGCAGAAGAUGGUUCAAGCAUUGCCACAGUAUAAUGAACAAAAGGAGAGACUAUCUACCCAUGUCGAGAUUGCUGGUGAGCUUAAUAAAAUUAUCCGAGAUACGGGUCUUCGGGAACUUGGACAGCUAGAACAGGAUCUUGUCUUUGGCGAUGCAGGAACAAAGGAAGUUAUCCAUUAUCUGAGGUCGAAGCAGGAUACUUCAGGUGAAAAUAAGUUACGCCUGAUGAUGAUUUAUGCAUCUGUGUAUCCAGAAAAAUUUGAGGGCGACAAAGCAGCAAAAUUGAUGCAGUUAGCAAAACUGUCACCUGAGGAUAUGAAGGCAGUGAAAAAUAUGAGAAUGCUAGAGGGUUCAGAAAAACGGAAGCCAAGUGGAAGCUUCUCCCUGAAGUUUGAUUCGCAAAAGAAAGGGAAUGCAGCUAGAAAGGAUCGAACUGGAGAGGAAGAAACAUGGCAGCUAUUCCGGUUUUAUCCCGUGAUAGAGGAGUUGGUUGACAAAAUGUGUAAAGGUGACUUGUCAAAAGAUGAUUAUCAGUGCAUGAACAGUUCUCAAACUGCUCCUCGUGGGGUCAAUGGAUCUUCUGCAAGGAAUGUCCCACCAAAAGCCACUACUGAAUCUACUAAUCCACGCUCAGUGAGAUCAAGGAGGACUCCAAAUUGGGCACGUUCUCGUACUUCUGAUGAUGGAUAUUCAAGUGACUCUAAUCUCAGAAGUUUUUCAACUGAUUUUAAGAACAUGGGACAACGGAUUUUUGUUUUCAUUAUCGGUGGUGCAACUCGAUCUGAGCUUAGGGUUUGUCACAAGCUUACAGCAAAGCUAAGGAGGGAAGUGGUCCUUGGUACAACUAGUCUAGAUGAUCCACCUCAAUACAUCACGAAACUGAAACUGCUAUCAGAGAUAGAGAUUGCUGUAGAUCCUGGCCUUGGAAUUUAAUGUAGUAUUUGGGAUUUGUAGAGUACCUUUUUUCGUCGACACCCAGAAGGAUGCACAUGGCAGUUGCUUAGUUUCUGGUGCUUCUUUUAUUGUUUUCGCGAGAAGAAUUUGAUUCACUGCAAAGGCAUAUAUCAAUUUUAAAGAAGGCUUCAUGCUACUGGAGUCUGGAUUUACACAUGGCAGUUGGUUGACUGCUUUUAUACUAAUCUGCAGCUUAGGUAGAAACUAUCUAUAAAAGAAGAUAUUAUAGAAACUUCCUUCCAACAUUCAUGAGGCUGUGAAGGAGUUUGAGUACAAGUUUGCGUUUUGUUUAAAACUUCAAACACUAAGCAGGAUUACACUCUUGAAUUUUUGUAAUUGUAUUAAAUAUAGUUGGCCAAGUUUGUCUUAAAAGGCAUGUAUUAAAAGAAGAAAGAUUGUUUGUAUCUGUAAAAGGAAAUUUUCUGUUUUAA